CCACCAUUAAAUUUCGCUGAAAUUCACAGCAAAUUGUUGCUAGAGUUGGCCUACACUGCAAGUGUGGUUCGUCAGAAUAUAAGGCCGGAUAACCGGGAACAUUUAGUCAGUCAGCUCCUCGAAUGUGUCCGGUUAAUACGUAUCCGUGUGGCCUCCGGUGCUGCGUGCAUUCAACCAGUUGUGGAUUCGUCCGACCCUACCAACUCACUGUUGGCAUUUUCUCCGGCAAAUCGGACUGCCCUGGACAAACUUUCCAGUUUUCACGAGGCCUAUAUGGCUUUUGUCGACUGGAUCAAUGAACUUACGAUAACAGAGUUGAAGAGGCCAGAAAGCGGUCCUGCCGGCAUACCUGUGUCCGAAACUGGCUCAUCAAGUGACCUUCGUCCUCGGGACCCGAAUGCUGAAUUCAGCGCCCGAGGGCAUCGGCUAUUCGCACAACUGAAAAACGCAGCAUUGUCGGUGUUUGACAGUCUGAAAGCCCACGGUUUCACCACACCCAUUGACCCUGGACAACUGGAAAGUAUGGUUAAUAGAAGCUUAAAUUUGCAGGAUUGUCCUCCGAAUGGAGUGGAUCCUUCUGCAGAAACGACAUCGAACGCUACCUCGGAGGAGAACAGUCAAUGCACCAUACUGACUGAGGCAGAUCGUGCUCUGUUGGUUAAACUUUGGUCUCAAGUAGAUGCCACGGUUGGCGCUCACAAUACUCCCCCACCGAAACCCCCAAUACCGAGACCUCUGUCCGGUACAGCGCCUCGGUUUCCUGUCGAAAACUCCCCGAUUGAUGACUUUCCAACAGACACCACUAAUCCCACUGAUGACCCCGAGUUCACAGCUUAUUUGAGACUUUUGGCCAGCGCAGUUCGGUUGGAUGAUCCUGUUCUCCCUGGGGUUUCGUUGCAAAGCAUCAGAUCACCACCACAUUUGCCACCUACGCACAAUUUCAUGCCACACACCGGUCGUCCAGGCAAACGAUCGAAGAAAGGUGGUCAGAGCAUAAAGCGAAUCGGAUUGUCAAAUGUGGAUUUGAAUGCACCGGACCGGCUGAAUUUCCCGUUGGUUGAUGCUUCCGAUGUUAGCGAUUCGGAAUCGGGCACACAUCCCUUGCCUUUGGGUGGACGUCGUUCGAACUCCACCAGUUGGCUUCAUUCCACCAGUCCACCUUCAAUGGUCUCUUCCCCGUUGCAAUAUGUAUUCAAUGUACCCGGACACAGUCAGUUUUUCGACACUGCAUCUAGCGGCAUACCUUCACGGCCGGGAUCGUGGCGUCGUAGUCAUUUCGAUUCCCACACAGAUAAUCGAUCUUCGUUCGGUCAUUUGGACAAUCCCCUUGUCCCGCCCCAAUGCGAACGCGGAACAAGAGAAACCAUCCACGGGUAUCCGAUCCCGCCGGGGUCGCAUGGUGACUCAGACCACGCACCACAUUUAGCUGGUUGGGAUGGUGACGAACCGGUCUAUUUUUCCGAAGUCAAAGCGGACACGGAAGAUGAUUCCGAAUUGAUCGAGGCGAACGGGAAGAAAUAUCGACGCUACUUCCAACGACGUAUUAUGAUUGAGCGACAUAAGGUGAAGCAGUUGGUCGUAGCUCCUUCUCUGCCAGACGGAUCUGGUCCAGACUGGAGUCGGGCUGUGUUAACUGUCACUCAGUCAAAUCACCCGUUAUCUCCUUCACAUCCGAAUCUUGCUCAGGAUUUUGGAGAUGGUAUUUCCGAACCGAAUCACGUUCGUGAAUCCAGAAAUCUUUCUGGUAGCAUUUCAUCUGAUGGUCUGAACGAAUCCAUUGGGAAUCAGCGACGAUCCGAUGCGGCCACUCUACUCGCGAAUUUUAAAACUUCCAGCUUGGCUCGAUAUUCCUCGGGACCAGCAAAUGGAGAACUGUCUGAUGACUUGGAUGAUUGGGAUUCCGAUGAACCACCGGCAGCGGCGGGUUUGGAUGUUCAGAUCUCAACGCCGCCCCCUAAACCGCCUGUACCUACAAUGCUUCGCCAGGUCAAACGACCAUUGACUAGCUACAUGUUCCGUUUUGGCUCAUCCCAGUACGAUGAUCCGGAUCGCGAUCAUCGUCUUUCCAAUCAGCUGUUUGAUCUAUUCCGCACGAAUUGGCACAAACGAGAAACCGCUUACGGUCCACAUGAACGGACGAAAACGAUAUCAUAUGUGGAGCACUAUACACAGCAGACCACGAUCGGUGAAUUGGUUCGACGGUCCACAUGUGUACAGCAUACCUGUACUGUGCGCAUGCUGGGGGGGUUGGAAGGUCUUCGAGCUAAGCGUGGAAUGUCCGAUGCAUCGCUAGAGGAGAAAUCCGAGACACAUUUGUCGUCCUCAUCCAAUCCAUCCUCACCGGUGGCUCCAGAGUACAAGGGAUUGCUUGCGUUAGAAGUUGGCUCAGCUCCAUCGGAGGUCCCCCAGUUCAGCUUCUCCGAGAGCUCGGAUCAUUGCAAUUACCCGGACGAUGUGGUGUUGGAGUCACGUGAAUGUUUGUCACAACAGGCCGCCACUCAGGAUGACUCUAGCCCAGGAGAUGGGGCGAUGAAUGACUGGCGCUCUUUGGAACGGAUUACCUCGUGUGUAGCCGGAUCCGAUAUUUUGGGCCUUGUACGAGCGGACGAGUAUUUGAUUUGGAGCGACUCCGACAAUAAUGUGAGUGUGCUUUGCUGGUCUUUGUUGGUUGGAGCGCCUGUUUAA